AUGUCUAAACUUUUUUCUUUUUAUGUUGUUGACCAAGGAGAUGAUGAUGACAAUAUUGCGAAUGAAGAGCUUGAAGGAGUACUAGAGGCUAUUGGGAUGCGAGGUUCUCCCUGGGUACUUGUGCAAAAUUCUGCAUUAAUGGCACUUUUGAUUUCAAUCUGUUUAGCUUGUUCUGUUUGGAUUCCUUACACCAUUGGAAAAACUUUUCUACUGGUAAAGAAUGAUUUUUGA